AUGUCCCACCUGGCUGAGUUUGAGACCUCUCUCAAGGAGGUCGUCAACGCCAAACGGUUGUCGGCGUCAAAAAUGAACAACCUCACUGACCUUGCAAUGAAGUCGAUGGCAGACGACACUCAACUGGUUUCAAUCAUGUACCGAACACACAAAACCCUCACGCCGUCUGCCAAAAUUUCUAGUCUCUAUGUUUUCGACGCUCUGGCUCGUGCAGCUCGCAGUCAAGUUGUGAAGCAGGGUCUUACUGGCGACAUAAAUUCUCAACCCGGAAACUCUGCCACCUUUCUCCUCAAAUUAGAAGGUAUCCUAGAAGGUCUAUUUCAAGAUAUGAUCUCAACUGGAACCUCUGAAGGCAAGGAAAAGACGAAAAAAGUACUCGAUAUUUGGGUGAAAGGAUCUACAUUUCCACUGCUGAUUCUGGCGCGGCUGAAGGAUGUGGCUGCAGAAAAAGGUGCAUAUCUGUUGCGAGCUGUACAUGAUGAUGAGUACCCCAAUAAUCCGCUUUGCUUUCUGCGUCCUGUGUUUUUGAGUCUAGUAACUGAAUCGACCUCUGGGUUUGUUUUAGUAAAUAACCAAGUAAAAGUCACGCUCGACCCGCGUGCUGCCGCCGUUGCCGUUGCCGCUCCGCCACCACAAACCCCGGCUCAAACGGUGCCACCACCACCUCCAGCCACGGAUGCUCAAGCGACCUUGUUGGCGCUACUCACCCAAGCUGCUGCCAAUAAUGCGGUCCAAACUAACUUGGGACAAACGACACCCAAUACCACUGGUAGUGUGCCGCAGCUUUCAUUACUGCAGCAACUAACCGCCAAUCUCACCCAUCCUCCUCACCAAGUACAACAACAACAACCCCAUCCACCGCCCCAUCCGCCCGCCCAAGACAACUUUCAUGGAAGGAGACACGACCCACGUUCUGAACACCAGCAACAACGCAAUCAUAACGGGUACGAAGGGCGGGGUAACUUUCGAGGCGGGUCUCGUGGCCGUGGACGGGGAGAAGGGCGAAAUUCGGAUAAUCGCGACCGUUUCCAUAAAGAGGAAGGACGAAGACAAGGCCGAAGCCGAUCAGAAAGUCCGCCGCCGCGGGGAGGGGAUCGACCCAGCGCACGGCCGUAUAGUCCUCCAAGGCGGCCCUCAGAGAGAGUAGCACAGCCACCCCAAGCGGGAUUGGACGAAUUUGGGAGGGAGAUACGGCCAGCCUCGCCUUCACCCGAGCCGCCAGACGAUAUUGUCGAUGAACAAGCAGCAGCUGCGAAUCAAAACCAGCCGCCACAGCUGGUUACGAGCAGUGUGAGAGCGGCAAAUAACCACGAGAGUCAGAUGUCAUUCGUAGAUGUGAAUACAUCUUCACGGCUCCCUGUUAACGCCGCCCAACCUGCAACUUUAGAGAACCCAGCCGAUUUAUCCAACUUCGAUGCCUCCACGUUUGAUUUUACAUCACCAGCGUCGUGGGAGGCGAUGGGCAGGAUGUGGCAAGCGUCGUUUGGGACAGCGCCGACUAUGGAGCAGCUAAUGCAGUAUGUCAUGACUGGCGGAGUGAUGCCAGGGACGACGACGAUGACUGGACAACAGCAAGUUCAGCCACAACCACAACCAAUACAGACUUACCAGCAGCAACAACCCGAUAAGUGGGGAGGUCACCAACAACAGGGAUUUAGAGGCAGUCGAGGCAGAGGAGGAUUCUCAAGGGGUCGAGGUGGCGGAGGUCAUAACGGGGGAGCAUGGCAUGAUAGUGAUGCUAUCGUACUUGGUGACACGAAUGUAUCGUCUGAAGCUGGUUCAACUGCAGGGGGCAAAAUGCAACGAGUGGGAGAAAAGUGGGUUUUUGGACGCGAUUAG